GCUCUGUGUGGCACAGCUCUAUGUUCCCCAUCCAUCACACUCUCUGCAAGGAGAUUCUCACGACACACACGCUCGUUUGUCGGACCAUCCAGACCUUCUGCUCGUCCUUCUGAGAACCAAAGACCAAAACAGCAAAUAUGGGGAAAAUUAACGGAUGCCUCAAGUGCCUUUUUAUCUUCUUCAAUGUGGUGUUUGUGGUCCUCGGGUGUGUUUUGAUAUACACGGCAGUGAGAGCCACCUCCUUGAACAUCCAGAUGUCACAGUUUGGAGCGCCGGGCUUGGGCUGGUUAUGGGUGAUCGCCAUCGGUGUGCUCGGCAUCUCCUGCCUUGGAAUCUACGCUUCCUGUGCCGAGAAAGACAUCGCACUCAAAAUAUUUGCAGGUUUCAUGGGGAUUGGGAUGAUCAUCAUGCUGAUCUUCGGGAUUAUUAUGGUCGUCAUAGGAAACAAGACAAAAGAUGCCAUCAGGGGAGCGACCAGCGAAUUUGCCAAACGCUUCAUGGAGGACGAGAGCGGGAGGAACGCACUGAGCGAAAUGCAAGGAGUGUAUCAUUGCUGUGGAGUGAGCGGUGCCGAGGACUGGGGUUCAGAGAUCCCUCAGUCUUGUGAAUGCAUGUCGGUAUAUCAGUGUAGAGUCAAACCUCAGGGAGCUUCAGGGCCAGCCAGCGUUUAUAAAGAGGGCUGCAGUGUGAUCAUACUUUCAUGGGUGGAGUUGUUCUUCAGCAUUGCCAUGGGCAUCCUCUUCGGGUUUGCCGUCACAGCACUCAUGGGCCUGCUGAUCUCCUUCCUCAUGAUCCAUCAGGUAAAACGUCAUGACGGUGCAGGAGGACCCUCCAUCGCCAUGAAGGGCUACUGAUUUUCUCCAGCCGUUUCCUCUGCCCUUCACUCUCUGCACUGCAACAAUAGGACUUAUUGCUUAAAAUGUAAUCUCUUAUUUACUUUUUAAAAUAUAAUUUCUACCUUUCAACAGAGUGAGGGGGGAUGUGGGAGAUUAUGUGGCAUGCUGCAGGAAAGCUUCGCUUUUGAUAACGAGCUCUUUUAGCUUCGUACUCCUCAAAAUAUUGCUUCUAUAAACAAGCCUUUCUUUUAAAGUCCUUCUUUUUUGUAUUAUUUGAUGAGAUAUAGUACUCUUUUCAUGUGAGAUAUAUAUAUACUGUAUAAGUAGAAUAUGUACACGUGUAACUAAAGAUGCUUGUUCAGGUUCAAAAAGCUUAGUAGAAAAUACUUCUGUGACAAAUAGAGAUCCCGGCUAUAUCCUAAACUAAAUACUACAACUAUUAAAGCGCUUAUAUUUUCUGGAAGUUACAUAAAGAUUCAAAAACAAACUAACUUCAAAGUAUUUUUCGUGCCAGUGUGGUUUACAUUUUCCUUGUUUCAACUACUGACACAGUCUACAUUUGGAGGGAUAAAAAUAAAGAGAGUUGAUAAUGUGCGGAGCAAUGCCAUGUUUCCGUCACGCUUUGUGUAGGUGUAUGCGCCAAAACUAAUAGGUUUUGAUGUAGGAGAAUUGUCUCCUCUGAAACAAGCCCAGUUCACUUAAACCCUCUCGAAGCUUUUAAUGGCUAAGCGCUGCCAAGCUAAAGGAGUUAUUUGCUAAUGUGCCAAAAUGCUAGAUAAAAAAGUAAUUUUGGGGGGGAAAAGUAUUUGUUGCACUGACUUUUAUCUUAUAAAUAUUUGAACACAAUCUAACUUGUGCUUGGUCAACACAAGUAAAUGAUGGGAAACUAAAUUGUGCUGUUUGCACAGAGCAAAGCUAAUGUGAGAAUAGUUUUUUCAUGGCCAAUGAAAUAAAUUAAAAACAUUAAAAACAUUAAAGUGGGAAAUAUCGGGACUAACGUUUAACAAAGAAACUUUUUUCAGUGUUUCUUAUUUCAAAAUGAUUCCUCCCCAAAACGUACAUAUUUAUUUUUUUUGAAUUAUUUUUGUAAAUGUCCUUAAACAGUUCUAUGACAGUUUAUUAUGUGCUGUAGAUUUUUAUUUUUUUUUUAAGAAAAAGUAUGGCGUAUAUUCACGUUGCCUUUGAGAAAGGCUGAUUGUUUUUGCUUCUGGGUUGUGGUCAGUUAUCUGCGCAUUAUGUCCAGUAUGAGAGAAACAGGAAAAGGAUUUAAGCAGAAAACAAACACUGUUAAAGGCGUCGCUCUAUUGUGAAAUCUGUAACCACAUUAUAUCAUUACAGAAUAAACCAGAGACUGUAAGUCA